AUAUAGAGGGUAUUUUUGUAAAUCUUUUUCACAUAAAAACACCGCAAACGCUUUCGUUUCCCUCGCUCUGCAUUCGCGCCAUUGUCGUUUCUCUUGCUCAGCUCUGCAAUCAUCAUUCUCAUGGAAGCUCACAGAGAGAAAUCAAUUUGUGCAUGACACAGAAUGAUUCAAUGGUGACUUAUUGAUCCAAUGGUAGAUAUCGAUUUGUGCAAGAUGCAAAACAUGUCUCACUUGUACACCAUAGAAUGGACUUAUUAUAAAAAGUUGAGUUGUUAUUAAAGAAUUAAGGGUAAUGGAGGAAGAUGAAGGAACACAUAAUAGUCACAUUUUCAACCCAAACAACUUUCAAUAGAGAAAAGCAGCGUCUAAGCAAGGGUAUAUAGCUAUAUAGCAUAUAUAUGUCAUAUUCUAGCAAGAAGCACGAUGUGUUUCUUAGCUUUAGAGGCGAGGACACUCGCUACGGUAUCACUAGCCAUCUUCACGCUGCUCUGAUUCAUAAAUCAAUCAAAACAUACGUGGAUAGCCUGCUUGAAAGAGGAGAAGAUAUUUGGCCAACUCUUGCCAAAGCAAUUGAGGAAUCACAUGUUUCCAUCGUUGUUUUCUCUGAAAAUUUUGCUACCUCAACAUGGUGUUUGGAAGAACUGGUCAAAGUACUGGAAUGCAGAAAAGUCAAAGGUCAAGUUGUUAUACCUGUUUUCUAUAAAACAGAUCCAUCUGACAUAAGAAAUCAGACUGGCAGUUAUGAGAAUGCAUUCGCAAAACAUGAGCGAGAUCUUGGGACCAAUGAUCUUAAAGUGCUUAACUGGAAAGUUGCCUUGGCUGAAGCAGCCACUAUAUCUGGAUGGCACACUCAAACCCACAAGGAAGAAUCUAUCCUCAUCGACAAAAUUGUGAAUGAUGUAUUGCAAAAGCUACAACUGAGGUACCCUAAUGAACUAGAAGGUGUAGUGAGAAACGAAAAAAACUGUGAACAGGUUGAAUCAUUGGUGGAACGUUUUCCAAGACUUGGAAUUUGGGGUAUGGGUGGAAUGGGAAAAACAAUCAUUGCUAAAGUCUUGUUUGCCAAGCUGUUUGCCCAAUAUGAUCAUGUCUGCUUUGCUAAUGCAAAAGAAUAUUCACUUAGUAAGCUUUUCUCUGAGCUACUAAAGGAAGAAAUUUCCCCAUCUAAUGUAGGAUCUGCAUUUCAUAUGAGGAGGCUGAGAAGUAGAAAAGUUUUGAUUGUACUUGAUAAUAUGGACAGCUUAGAUCAGUUUGAAUAUUUGUGCAGAGAUUACGGCGAGCUAAAUAAAGAUAGUAGACUCAUUAUAACAACGAGAGACAGACAGUUGCUGAGUGGAAGAGUUGAUUGGAUAUAUGAGGUCAAGCAGUGGGAAUAUCCAAAAUCUCUAGAGCUUUUUUGCCUAGAAGCCUUUGAGCCAAGUAAUCCCCGAGAGAAGUAUGAGCAUCUUUUGCAAAGGGCAAUCACUUAUGCAGGGGGCGUUCCGCUUGCCCUUAAACUUUUGGCUUUACAUCUUCGUACAAGAGAUAUUGCAUUUUGGGAAAGUUCUUUUAAGAAACUCGAUGAUCAUCGUGAUGACAAAUUGCACAAAGUUUUAAAAGUGAGUUACGAUGAACUAGAUGCACUAGAGAAGAAGAUAUUUCUAGACAUUGCAUUCUUCUUCAUAGGAGAAAAGAAAGAGUCUGUCACAAAGAUACUAGAUGCUUGUGGUUUCGAACCAAAUAGCGGAAUAGUAGUCCUCAAAGACAAGGCUUUGAUAACUAUCUCAAAUAACCAAACAAUACAAAUGCAUGACUUACUGCAAAAAAUGGGUUCGGACAUAAUAUGUAAUGAUUGUGGCGAGGACCCGGCAGCACAUACCCGACUGAGUGGGAGUAAAGCUCGUGCAGUUAUUGAAGAAAACAAGGGGAGUAGCUCAAUUGAAGGCAUAACAUUGGAUUUGUCACAAAAUAAUGAUUUGCCUUUAAGUGCCGACACAUUCACCAAGAUGAAAGCCUUAAGAAUUCUUAAAUUCCAUGCACCCUCUAACCUGCAGAGAUGUACUAACACAUACCUCAACCUUCCCAAAUUUCUUGAGCCAUUUUCAAAUAAACUGAGGUAUUUUGAGUGGAAUGGAUACCCUUUUGAAUCUCUUCCACAACAUUUUUAUGCCAAGUUUCUUGUUGAGAUCCGUAUGCCGCACAGCAAUGUUAAACAACUGUGGCAGGGGACGAAGGAACUGGGUAAAUUAGAGGGAAUUGACCUUAGUGAAUGCAAGCAAUUUGAAAAGCUUCCGAAUUUUUCUAAGGCGUCAAGUCUGAAAUGGGUUAAUCUUUCUGGUUGUGAGAGUCUGGUUGAUCUUCAUCCAUCUGUUUUAUGCGCAGAUACACUUGUUACUUUGAUACUGGAUAGGUGUACAAAGGUUAGGAGGGUUAGAGGUGAAAAACAUUUAAAUUUUUUGGAGAAGAUCAGUGUGGAUGGGUGCAAAAGUCUGGAGGAAUUUGCAGUGUCCUCGGAUUUAAUUGAAAACUUGGAUUUAAGCAGUACAGGAAUCAAAACACUGGACCUAUCAAUUGGACGUCUUCAAAAACUCAAACAACUUAAUCUAGAGAGUUUAAGACUCAACCGUAUUCCGAAGGAGUUAUCUAGUGUGAGAUCUAUUAGGGAAUUGAAGAUUUCUGGCAGUAGACUAAUAGUUGAGAAAAAACAGCUACAUGAGUUGUUUGAUGGCUUACAAUCCCUACAAAUACUACAUAUGAAGGAUUUUAUAAACCAGUUUGAACUCCCCAACAACGUCCACGUUGCAUCAAAGUUAAUGGAAUUAAACCUUGAUGGAAGCAACAUGAAAAUGUUGCCUCAAAGCAUUAAGAAACUUGAAGAACUGGAAAUUUUGUCUUUGGUGAAUUGCAGGAAGCUUGAGUGCAUACCAGAGCUUCCACCUCUAAUCACACUGUUAAAUGCAGUUAACUGCACAUCGCUGGUUUCAGUGUCAAAUCUAAAAAAAUUAGCAACAAAGAUGAUCGGAAAAACCAAACAUAUUUCAUUCAGCAACAGCUUGAAUUUGGACGGACAUUCACUUGGACUUAUAAUGGAAAGUCUCAAUUUAACAAUGAUGAGUGCUGUGUUUCAUAAUGUGUCUGUAAGAAGACUCCGUGUGGCCGUCCGCAGCUACAACUAUAACAGUGUUGAUGCUUGUCAACUAGGAACAAGUAUCCCGAGGCUAUUCCAAUGUCUAACAGCUUCUGACUCUUCCAUUACCAUUACAUUGCUUCCUGAUCGUUCCAACUUGCUGGGAUUCAUAUACUCAGUGGUUCUUUCUCCAGCAGGUGGAAAUGGAAUGAAGGGUGGAGGAGCUAGGAUAAAGUGUCAAUGCAACUUGGGAGAAGAAGGUAUAAAAGCUACCUGGCUAAAUACUGAUGUCACAGAACUGAACUCGGAUCAUGUUUAUGUGUGGUAUGAUCCAUUCCAUUGUGACAGUAUUCUCAAAUUUUAUCAACCCGAGAUUUGUUUCGAGUUCUAUGUUACAAACGAUACUGGCCGGGAAGUUGAUGGUUCAGUUGGUAUUAAAGAGUGUGGGGUACGACUAGUAAGUGUUCAAGAAUUGGAGAGUGUUUUGCCGGAAUUGGAUUCACAAAAGAAAGAAGAGUUGAAGAAGGCGGUGGAAUUAGAAUCAGGACGUAGGAUAACCUUGAAGCCAAUUGUUCAAGAACAAAGAUCAGCAAUGGUUAAACUAGAAUCAGUUGAACUUGAAAGUCACUUCUUUAAUGUGGAAAAGAGCAUCAGAUCUUCUAACAACGAAACCAAUACCAAUGCUGGAACCAGUCAUGAGGAGAAUAUUACAAAUUCCGCAAAAGUCUUCGAAAGCAAAGGAAAUGAAGGAAGACCAACUGAAUCUGAAGCUGGAUUGUAUCUGCCGGUAAUGUCAGCGUUUGAAGGCAACACUUCUGAUAACAAGUCAAGUGAAAACAACUAUGAUGGGAAAGACAAUUUUGAUGAGACCAAGCAAUCAGAAGGAAAACCAAAUAUACAAGGACAGGUUAUUGUUCCCGACACCACUGAUCCAAUAAGUAAAGAAAAUUCACCAAUGGAUCUAAGAAACUUUGAAGAUGAAUCAGAUGAGGACCCUUUUGCUGAACUUGAGAGCAUCCUGCUGGGAAGUCCAGAGUCUCCGCCAAAAGUAACCUGUUCCACAAGUGAUGAUGUUGCUGUAAAAGAAGCUUUGCACAACCUUGAAUGCCUAUUUGAAAAUUCACUAGAGUCCAUUCUCUAUGACGUAGAGCUACAACAACAAUUACACACGUCAUUGGAAUGCAUAAAACUAGCAACCAAUGAAAAAGUUUCUCCAAACGUUGUGAAGCUUGUCCAGAAAAUGACAUCCUUUAUUCAGAACCUUUCCAAAAACUUUGUCAUGACUAAAAAUGUGGUUGAGGAUCACAUUAAUGCUUUGCGAAAAAGAGAAAAGCUUGUGCAGCUAAUGAGAGAUGGUAAGAAACAGAAGAAAUCAAUGAUGAAAGAAAAGAGUCAGUUUGAGGAUGAAGCCAAGCGUCUCGUGGAAGAGGGUGAAAAGGUGGAGGAAAAAAUUAGAAUACUUGUUGAGCAAAAGAACAGUAUUGAGUUGGAAAAAAUCAAGUUAAAGGAAAGCAUGGAAAGACACGAAGAUGAAAAGAAGAAAUUGGAAGAUGAGGCUAAAAAUAAGAUUACUGAAAGCAAAGAGCUAAUGUCGAGUAUUAAGAAGUCUAAAACUUCGUAUGAUGCUGCCCUGUCAAAGCAGCAGAAGAUGAAAGAUAAAUGGGAAGGUUUCAGAGUAGAUUUUGCAGACAACUAUGGAAGUAGCAGUAGCUGAGAAGUAUUGAUGUUGGAUUCAAAUGUGUGUGGUGAGUCCCACUCCCACAACGGCUAUGAAUGAACUAAAUGUUAUUGGCUAGACUAAAUGGAUACCUCUUGUGUCAACAAAAUCAAACAAGCCUUCACAAUUUAUGGAUUAUUAUUUACUAUAAUGGAUACCUCUUCUAUCAUAUAA